GUGGGCGUCAGAGGACGUCGCUCUGUGAAUGUGUUGUUGAACCAGGAGCCCUUUGAAUCUGAUUGGGUCCGUUCUUUGCCCAGCAUACAUGGGGUGGGCCGAAUGGCCAGCACUGUAAAGUGUCACAGCAAGAAUUUCUAAAGAAUUUUAUUGAGGUGGGGUGAUUGAGCCAAAGCUCACAUGGUUCCCAGACUACCACCAGCAGAAAGGCACUCUCAGCCUCCAGCAUCCACCCGGAUCUCCAGGAUGUGUGUACAGGAAAACCAUGGAACUACAGCUGGCUCCUUCGAAAUCUCCCAAGAUGUCAAAACAGAUGAUGUGUCCGGUGAUGACAGGAGUGAAGUGAGGAACAUGGGGACGGCAGAGCCUCACCGGGACGCUGGCCAGCAGAGCCCCGCCGGUGGCCACGGGAGCGGCGGCAGUGAGCGGACCCUCUGGGUGACGGCUGACGGGUCCCGAGGAUUGGCCCGUACCCCACAGCCCAGGGAGGAGGGAGCGGUGCCUAGCGGGAACGACCAGCACAGCAUCACCGAGCUGCUGAACUUCUGCGAGCCCUGCCACAUCAGGGGUUCUGGGGAUGCCGAGCCGGAGGCCCCCCUCCAUUGUCGAGUGGUGAACGUGGGCGAAGGCAACGAGAUGGUGAUCUACGGGUACUGUUGGAGCUGGUGGAGGGCAGCUCUCUCGGCCCUGCUCACCCUCCUGUCCUGUGGCCUCAUCCUCGUGGCCUUUUACUGGAGGCCCCAGUGGCACAUGAGGUGUUUCUGCUCCCCCUGUGACCUGCAGGACGCCGAGUACGUCCUGAUGAAGACCACGGACGAGUUCCAGGAAUGGCACCGUCAGCGGGUGAAGUUCAUGUACCUAAAGUACAGCCCGCAGGUGGACCGCCGGGACCCCGGGGCCCCCGAGGACGUCGACGAAUUUUCCCUGCUGCGGAAGAACAUCUCCUUCACCGGGAUACAGGUGACCCCGGGGAUCCGCUACCUGCAGCACCAGAGCAUCCGGUACAUCUGGGACCCCAACAAGAGAUCCUUCUUCAUGCUGAGAGGUCUGGAACAGAAUGUGUCCUGCUCUGAUCUCCACAAGAACUACCCGGAUGGUUUAGUUUACCAGGAAUCUCAGAACAGGAAACUGAUUUAUGGCCCCAACGUUAUUGCUGUCCAGGUCCCUCCAUACUGGAAGCUCCUGGCAAAGGAGAUCCUCAAUCCGUUCUACGCCUUCCAAGCCUUCAGUGUCAUCCUGUGGUUCGUGGAGGCUUAUUACCCCUACGCUGUGGCCAUCAUCGUGAUGAGCAUCUCGUCCAUCGCGUUGUCCCUGUACACGGCACGCAAGCAGUACACGAUGCUCCAUGACAUGGUGCAGUCCCACAGCUCUGUCCGGGUGUCCGUGCUGCGCAAGGGAAGUGCCUCGGAGAUGGUGAGUUCGUCGGAGCUGGUUCCCGGCGACGUGAUCGUUAUCCCGGAGCGGGAGAUGAUCCUGCCCUGUGACGUGGUGCUGAUGAAUGGGGCGGUGGUGGUCAACGAGAGCAUGUUGACAGGGGAGAGCGUGCCGGUGACCAAGACUCCCCUUCCCGACAUCUGUGAAGCCGGCAACUACAACGACCCGAUCUUCUGCCUGCAGGACUACAAGCGGCACGUGCUGUUCUGUGGGACGUUGAUUAUCCAAGUUCGGCCCUACGAGCAGUAUGUGAAGGCAGUGGUGAUCCGCACGGGCUUCCUCACCACCAAGGGGCAGCUGGUCAGGUCCAUCCUCUUCCCCAAGCCUGUUGACUUCAAGCUCUUCCGUGAUGCCAAGCGGUUUGUGGUCUGCCUGGUGCUCGCUGCGGUCCUGGGCUUCGUCUACACGGUUGUUGUCAGCUGCAUCCGAGGGGAGCCCAUCCCGGAGAUCUUGCUGAAAGCCUUCGAUGUCAUCACCAUCGUGGUCCCACCCGCGCUGCCCGCCGCCGUGACGGUCGGUGUGGUCUACGCACAGCGGCGCCUCCGGAGACGGGGCAUUUACUGCAUCAGCCCCCACCGCAUCAACCUGUGUGGCCAGCUCGACCUGGUCUGCUUCGAUAAGACGGGGACCCUGACGGAGAACGGGAUGGACCUGUACAGGGUGGUGCCGGCCAAGAACAAGAACUUCCUGUACAGCGACAGCACGCUGAGGAUAAACGUGUUCACCGAGGACGAGGUGCUGGCUGCCAUGGCGACCUGCCACUCCCUGACCCUCACCUCGUCCCACAGCACCCUGCAGGGAGAGCCGCUCGACCUCACCCUCUUCCGGGCCACCAACUGGAUCCAGAAAGGGGAGAGAGGUGUCGGAGACGGACCUGAGGGCAGGGUGACAGUUGGAGACGAAGUUGAUGAAGUUGUCGAGCUCUGCACGGGUUCCAGCAUCUGCAGUCUCUGUGUUGGCGGAGCAGGGACCUCCUGCCCCCUGCAGGCAGCCAAUCGUGUCGCUCCUUUGGCCACGGGGGCCACGUCUGACGUUUGUCUGCCUCAGGUGCUGGAGGAGAUGGUGUCUCAGGCGCGGUGGCUGAACCGGAUGAAUCCGCUGAUCGUCGUCAAACCGACACGUCCCCUCAACGCCAGGCCCAGCCCCUCCGGUGAGGUGGUGAGUGAGGUCUGCCGGUUCCGGUCCGGGAUCGGGAUCCUGCGGCAGUUUCCCUUCUCCUCCGCCCUGCAGCGGAUGACGGUCGUCGGCAAGAACCUGGACGAGCAGAACCUGGUCGCCUACUGCAAGGGGGCUCCUGAGACCGUGGCAAAGCUCUGCAGCCCCGACUCAGUUCCCGAUGAUUUCCAGGCGGUGAUGGAGAGCUUCACGCAGCGUGGUUACCGAGUCAUCGGGCUGGCCUUCCGGGAAUUCAAGGGCUCCCUCAAGGAAUCCGACGUCAAAAACGUCAACAGGGAGUUUGUGGAGCAGAACAUGACCUUCACCGGCCUGGUGAUCCUGGAGAACCGGCUGAAGAAAGUCACCUCGUCCGUCUUCAGGGAGCUGCUCAAGGCCGGAAUUCGGCUGGUCAUGAUCACAGGUGACAGCACUCUGACUGCCAUCCAGGUGGCCAAGGAGUCCGGAAUGAUUGGGAUGACGGAGAAGGUCGUCCGGGUGAAGGCGAAGUCACCCACGGCCACCUCCAAGGCUUCGGUCAGCUGGAGGAGUGUGAAGGAGCCACAGGCCAGGGAGCUGAAGGCGUCUGAGCAGGAAGCCCCUCUCUCUGGAGAUAAGCAGGAGGAGGCCAAACCCAGGAUCCACUUCGUCAUCGAUGGGCCGUCGUUGGCCGUGAUCGAGGACAAGUUCCCCGAGCUCCUGCCCAAGGUCACCCUGUACGGGACGGUGUUUGCGAGGAUGUCUCCGGACAUGAAGACCAAGCUGAUCAAAUGUCUGCAGAGCCUCGAGUACAUCGUGGGGAUGUGUGGAGACGGCGCCAAUGACUGUGGGGCAUUGAAGACGGCCCACGUGGGAAUCUCCCUGUCACAGCUGGAAGCGUCGGUGGCCUCUCCCUUCACCUCCAAGCUGCCCACCAUCGAAUGUGUGCCCAUCCUCAUCAAGGAGGGUCGUGCUGCCCUGGUGACCUCCUUCUGUGCCUUCAAGUACAUGGCUCUGUACAGCAUGAUCCAGUACGUCAGUGUCCUCAUCCUGUACUACAUCUCCAGUAACCUGGGCAACUGGGAGUUCCUGUACGAGGAUCUGUUCAUCACCAGUGCCAUCGCCAUCACCAUGAGCAGGAACAAGGCCUACGAGCACCUGGUUCCACAGCGCCCCAACGCCAACCUGGUGUCACCCCAGCUCCUGAUCUCCGUGCUGAUGCACAUCGGCCUCUGUUCCACUUUCCAGCUGAUGGGCUUCCUCCUGGUCCAGAUCCAACCCUGGUACAACUCUUGGGACCAGGGAGCACAAGCCUGUGCAUCUAACGACACGUUCUACGGAGUGCCCACCUCACAGCAGCGCAACAGCAGUGGGGUCUUCAACAUGCAGUGGAAGAUCAGCAACUACAUUAACACCACCGUCUUCUUCGUGUCUGUUUUCCAGUACAUCACCAUUGCCUUCGUCUUCUCCUUGGGCAAACCCUUCCGCAAGCCCAUCUCCACGAACUACUUGUUCCUGGCCGUGCUGGGCACCCUUUACCUCUUCACCCUCUUCCUGAUGCUCUUUCCGAGCAGCAGCCUCGACACGUUUUUUGAGUUUGUGUGCGUCCCGUACAUUUGGAGGAUCUACAUUUUGCUCAUGGUUAUCGCUCACUUUGUAUUGUCUGUUUUUCUGGAGGAGAUGGUGACCAACAACCCCCGCCUGUGGAACUGGCUGAGCCGUGUGUACUGUCCAUCUGCCUCGCUGGUGAGGCACAAGAGACUACACCAGGAGCUGCAGAAUGACCCGUCCUGGCCGCCGGUCACCAUGUCUGAAUCACACAGGGACACUGUACAGCAGUAG